GAAACUAAUGUUCUCAUUGUUUUUAUUUCUCAAUUAGAAACAAAAAUUCACUUCAUUUAAUUUAAUUUGAUUGUUUUUCCAUUAAUUUCUCAUCUUAUCAAUUUAAUUGUUGUGUUAAUUAACCUUCUAACAUCAAGAGAAACCAAGGAAACUAAUUCAUCAUCAACAGAACAACAUCAUUAACAUUAUUGUACUUAUCUCCAUUCUGUCCUGUUUGGUUGAAAUUCAUCAUCAUCAUCAUCAUCAUCUUCUUCUUCUUCUUCAUUAAAGUUUAAUGUUUUCCUUUUCUACCUUGAGAAGUUUAUUCUAAACUCUCACUUGUUAUUGUUCGUACUGAUAUUGUGAGUGUUGGAGAGAAGUGUCAACAUGUCAACCAGGGAAAGUGAAGUGACUCCAAUUGUUUCCAUUAUGGAAAAUGGUCAUAAAAAGAAUUUAGAUGAAUUGAAAAGUAAAUUCGCCAAAUAUUCAGCGGGUUCAGUGAAACUGAUAAAAGACGAGGAAAAGGGUAUCGCCUUCAUCAAACUCGACAAUCCAAGUAGGAAAAACGCUCUUUCGGGAAGUAUGAUGAUCGAUUUGUACAAUAUCGUCGAUGAUCUAGAGAAAUGGGAUAAGGGAAAAGGAAUCAUCCUUUAUGGAGCCGAUGGAUUUUUCAGCUCGGGUGGUGACAUGAAUACCGUUAAAGAGAUUGACAAUUGUGACGAUGGACGGGACAUGGGAAUCUUAAUGUACGACACUUUACAAAGAUUUCAAGCAUUACCCAUGAUCAGUGUGGCUCUUGUAGAGGGUAAAGCAAUCGGCGGUGGAGCUGAACUUACAACUGCCUGUGAUUUUAGAUUAAUGUCUAAAUCAGCCAAGAUUGGCUUUGUUCACAUUAAAUUGGGAAUCACCGUUAGUUGGGGUGGUGGUACUCGUUUGGUACAAAUCAUUGGUUCACAUAAAGCUCUUGAGAUUAUCUCUUCGGGAAGACAAUUAACUGCCCUGGAAUCAUUGAGUAUCGGAUUGUGUACCCAUGUGAUUGAAGAGACAACAGACAAAUCAAACCUUGACUAUACAACUGAAUGGUUAUCUGACCAUAUAGAUGGACCAAGGGAAACAAUUAAUGCUCUUAAAACAAUCAUCCAUUCAGCCAGAACUUUACCAUUUAAAGAAUCUUUAAAAAGAGAAUUGGAAACUUUUCCAAAGGUCUGGGGAAGUCCACCCCAUAAGAAGGCUCUCUCAAUGAACAUCAAAUUACGUUGAUGAAAAAAAAAAUGUCUAACAAUUAACAUCAACCACAAUCAAUAUUAUCCAAAUAGAAACCUGUCAUUAUUGAUUCCAGUUUUACUCUUCA